GUCAACCCUUUGUUUCUGGAAACAGCCUGAUUCCCAGGUCAUGAGAGAACUUUUCUGAUAGGAUUAUUUUGAUACUUGUACUUAUUGAGGUACCUCAGCCUUGAAGGGAUCCUUUUCAUUUGGACCCCGUGUCUUCUCCUAAGUAAUUGAUCACCGUGCACCCGGGGACACCCAAUUCACAGCCGAGCGGGAUCAGCCCUCAUGAAUAAUCAAAACGCCGUGGCCGUGCUGCUGCAGGAGUGCGAGCGAGCUCUGGACACGCUCCGGGCGGCAAAGGCCGGCACGGGCGAGGGAGAGGAGCGGGAAUACCGGCGGUGCCAAGCUCUGCUUCCUGAGGACCUGAGGAGCCUUCUGCAGGAGGCGAAGGAAAUGAAGUGGCCCUUUGUGCCGGAGAGGUGGCAGUACAAACAAGAGCUCGGCCCAGAAGACAAAACAAACCUGCAAGAUAUGAUCAGCGCCAGGCUCCCUGACCUGCUGGCUUAUCUGAAGGCGUCUAUCCUGGCCAAGGACUGCCCCACGGCCACUGCCGUGCUGUUCCUGAUUGACCGCUUCCUGUACUGGCUGGACGCCUCCAGCAGGCUCCUGCGGCUCGCCAAGGGGCUGCACAGGCUGCAGCCCGGGGCUCCCAUCAGCCCGCAGCUGCUCAUCCGCCAGGCUCGCCUCGCCGUCAACGCAGGUAAACUUCUAAAAGCUGAAUAUAUCYUGAGCAGCCUGAUUAAUGACAAUGGAGCAACAGGAACCUGGCGAUAUGCUGAGGAAAGUGAUCGGAUUCUAGUUCAGGCAGUCUGCUUACAAAUCAGAGGACAGAUUCUGCAAAAGCUUGGGAUGUGGUAUGAGGCAGCAGAGUUGAUCUGGGCUUCGGUCGUGGGCUACUUCAAACUUCCUCAGCCAGACAAAAAGGGAAUUGCCACUUCCUUGGGUAUUAUGGCAGACAUCUUUGCUUCCAUGAAUGAGCAGGAUUAUGCACGCUUUAAAACCAAUGCUGACAUUGACCUGAGCCUCCUGCGAGAGUUCAGCCACCGUUUGUUAUCAGCUGCUGAGGCCUGCAAGCUGGCAGCAGCCUACAGCCAGUACACCCCCCUGUUUGUCCUCACRGCCGUGAACAUCCGUGGGAUGUGYCUGCUGUCCUACAGUCACUCCAAAGACUGUCCCCCAGAAAAGAGAGAGUUCUACUUGUUGGAAGCCAAAGAAUCCUUCGAGAUUGGGCUCCUCACCAAGCAGGAGCAGAGCUCCAUCACCAGCAAGCAGGAGCUGCACAGCUUCAUCAAAGCUGCCUUCUGCCUCGCCACCGUGCACCGCUGGCUCUACGGAGAGAGCCAGGAGCUGCGUGAGGUCACUCAGCUCUGCAGGGAAGCCCUGGCAAAACUCCAUUCCUACAACACUUUGUUUGCAGAGGAGGAAGGCAAAGGGAUGCUUGCCAAGGAGAUCAUGUCUCUGAUYGCRUCCGUGAAGAGGCGCCUGCGAGUGRAAAGCUUCCCAAAUUCYGAUGCCAGGUCUCAUGUCCCRGACAGUUAUAAAGGAWCAGUACAAAAACCUGUCCUGCARGGGGAAACAAGCUUUGAGAAAAUCCUUGCCAAGCAUUCCCAGCAUCACCUGUCAGUGUGCCAGGUGUUCGAGAAAACUUGCAGGAUUCAUAAAACCACACCAGGAGAAAUGCAGGUGGGAGCUUGUAUCACAACCUUAAGGACAGAGACCAAAACCGUGGACACGCUGUGUACUGAAGAAAUAGCUCACCAGAAGAGAGGUGCUGUGAAAAUCCUGAACUCACCAACAGCAGGAAGCAGCUCAGAGGGACUUGGUGGCCAGAGAAAUCGAGGCAUUGACUGUGGUGUGAUGAAAAUUUCCUUCGAAGAGGAGACUGAGCCAUCAGAAAUGGAAAUAAAUGAAAAUGGAGUUUUCAGCAGAGGGCAAAACAGGAGCCAGAACUCUACUUCUGAGAGCUCUUGGUGCAAGCUCUCUAAAUCCAGUUUCUCCUCCAGCUGGGAGGAGCUAAACAGUAAUAGCAGCAGAGAGUCUUCCAGGAAAGGGCAGCAAGGGAAGAAGGGCUCGGUGGAGGAGCAGUGCUGCACCACAGAAUGUGAUGAAAACAGCCAAGCCACAUCCUUGCACUCAGUGUCUCCAGGAGCCUGGCAUCCUGCUCCUCGUGGAUCCCUCCAUGGCUCAGGGGGUUCUCCUCAGCAUUCCUCAGAGGGAUGUGCACCUCCAGCUGGGAGGGUGCAGGACAAGGAGUCUCUUUGUGGAGAAGAGCUGCAGGAGGGAAGACGCUGUGGAAGGAGCUCUUCAGAACAGAAAGCAAAGGGCUCAAACAAUGAGUUUCCUUCUCUCUCCAUCUCUUACUCGCUUCCUACCAGGCAGGAGGAGGAGAAGUCCUUUUCCUAUGUGGAGCUGAGCUGCAGGACCAAGGACAGCAGCAGUGAGAGAGGCGUUGGCCGCUGGGAACGAGUCCGCCCAGGUGAACCUGCAGAAAGCACCGAGGAUCCCUCGUGUGAGGCACAUCCCUCCCAAAACGGGGGCGCUGCUGYACUAUCAACAAACAUGGAGCUCCAAACGGGCAGUGACUCCUCUGUGUGUGAGUGGAUGAGGAAAUCUGCCUUGCUGGGGAGCAAAUCUCUCCAGAUGCCUCAAGUUGACAUCCAGGCAGAAACAGUAGAGACUGAGUUUGAGUUCAUUGGAGACUCAGUAAACAAUUACUCCACAGCACUGGCUUCAAAGCAUGAAGCGAGUCUCAGUGUGCCAAAAGCCUUGCCCUCUCAGGGAAAGACAUCCACAGCCAAGCACUUCCACUGUGCCACUACGGAAGAAGAUGGAGAGAAGUCUCAGGACAUGGUGAGCAGCAAGAGGCAGUCCAGUUCAUCUCYGAGUUCAUGGGUCAAAUCAGCACACGUGCCCACGAGCUCCCCCGAAGGGUCCAUCCCAAGGGGAAGUGGUUUUGCCUUCACGCCUGGGAGAGCGAAGGAAGAGAUCCUGAGUGCUCGGUUUCUGAGGGAUGAUGAUUACAAGCAGCUUCUGGCAGGGGUGGAGCAUAAUUGGCUUGUCCAGAGACUGAUGCCUACKGGGAUUUUUAGGACCAAAGAGCUUCACAAAGCAUACUCUGCUCUUCUUUUGAAAUACUCCAAGAAAUCCGGGCUGUGGACAGCCCAGGAGACAGCCGUGUUCAUCGGGGACUACCUGAACGUGGCCAAGGAAGGCAAGCAGAGAAAUGCCUUUUGGAUACACUUCCUGCACCAAGAAGAAAGCCUGGGAAGGUAUGUUGGGAAGGAAUAUAAAGAAGCAAAAGGACUCCUCCAUCAUUUCAGUGACGUGGAGCGCCAAAUGACUGCCCAGUACUAUGUGACAGAGUUCAACAAGAGGCUGUAUGAGCAGAAGAUCCCCACCCAAAUUUUUUAUAUCCCCUCUGCGGUACUGCUGAUACUGGAAGACAGAACUAUAAAAGGGUGUGUGAGUGUGGAGCCCUACAUCCUCGGGGAGUUUGUGAAGCUGUCCAACAACACCAAGGUAGUGAAGAAUGAGUACAAAGCCACGGAGUAUGGUCUGGCUUACGGCCACUUCUCCUACGAGUUCUCCAACAGAACAGAUGUCGUUGUCGACCUUCAAGGUUGGGUCACAGGUAAUGGGAAAGGCCUCAUCUACCUCACAGACCCCCAGAUUCAUUCCCUCAAUAGCAAAGAUGUCUCACGCUCCAACUUUGGGAAGAAGGGAAUUUACUACUUUUUCCACGAUCAGCAUGUGGAGUGCAACGAGAUCUGUCGCUGCCUGUCUUUGACAAGGCCCUCGCUGGAGCUGCUGGCCUAGACUGKCACAGGUCAGUCCCACAGAGUGACCCGUGAGCUGAACUCUGUUUUACCCCACACAUCUGUGGGAGCAGGUUGUCCAGCAAGGCAGCAAAAAGCUGCCUUCAUUCCCAUUCUCCCUUUCCCCCUCAAAGCCCCAGUGUCCUGCUGCCCCCGAGCUCAAAGGCUGGGAUAAUUUCUUUGGGGAGAUUUUCUCGAUGAGAAAGAGAACACAGCGUCAAAGUUCCUCUAAAAGAUGGCUCCCCAACAGACUUUGCUUUAACAAAACCRUCCCCUUUUGUUUCUGCUGCCAGCAGAGAUUUUUAGGCUUUUGUCCUCGCGUUUUAGCAAUGCUAUUGUUUUCUAGGUGAUGUUUGUGCCGAAUUGUUUGGAAAGAUGCCCUAUCCCUGGGCCAACUGAUUAGAACUAGGUGUAAAGAGGGAGAAGGAAGAGAAAAAAAAAUUAAAUCUCUUUAUUAUGGUGCAUAAACCUUCAGUCUUGGGGAGCUGCGCAGCUGCGCGGGGAGAAAAAUGCAUUCAAAAAUAUAAUGCCAGUGUGAAUAAUCCUUUCCCGAGCGCUGCUCGCAGACUGCUCCAGCUUUGUCAGGUGAACUUGAACCGGGCCAUCAGAUUUGCGGCCGUUCCCAUUGCACACUGUCUGUCACCCCGGGGCAUUCACCAUCUUGCCUGUUGUUCGGAGCCAGCAAACAAUCCAUCAUUGAGCUGGGCAGUCGCCGGCUCACACAACAGUGAAAUCGGCAUGUGACGGGACACUCGGCCCCAAUGUCUCGCAGAUUAAAGUGAUACAUGAAAACUCACGUGUUACUGGGAAGAUUAAGCCCGUUAUCUUGUUGCGCAGCCAAUAAAGGCCGGCCUUGUCCUCGGCAGUGGGGAAAUGCUGGUUUUAACUAAGUGACAAACGCCGCUCACAUAGCUCCGUGCUCCGGCCAGCGAGCGCCGGGCUCCGGAGGGCAAACAAAGCUAGUUAGCAAGAUCCCGGGAAUUAAUGGGCGGCAGGGAUGCCGUGUUAAAGCCUCUCUGCAGAAGCUUUCCCUGCUCUAUAGAGACAAUUAAAACCAAAACAAAACCUCCCGGACAAUCUCUGCACAACAAAGUGUCCUAAUGCGCUGCCAGCAGCCGGGCCCCGCCGUGUCUGUUCCAGUUUUGGGACCCCUGGCCGUUCAUGCCUUUUCCAGCUCCUUCCCGCUCAAAGAAAGAAAAAGAAAAUUUAUCUAGACGUGCUCCUGAAUAAAUCCAUCCAUGUGAAAUUACAGCAUUUUGCCUUCUUCCUAAUAUUUUUCCUGGCMGCUCGUUUCUGUUGUUGGUUUUAGSAGACRUUUUGCCAUCUCAGCCAAAGUUCUGGGUACUCACAGGUAAAAGUUUGGGUCAAGGAUCAGCUUGUUUAGUUUCCUCUCAAACAGACAUGGAAACAUAUUCUGCUGGUCUUACUCUUUGCAGCUUGGGCACAAUUUCAGACAUAUCAGACACUCUGUCUUCACCUGGGACUUAAAGACUGGAAAUCAUGGAUUUAUAACAGCAUGGCCUGAAGAACUGGGGUGCACCCAUGGCCCCAAACACACAGAGCCUAAAUUAUUGGUUCRUAUUUGUGGUAUAAAUAGGAGAUUAUUGAGGAAAUAAAUAGUUGACUCUGAUGGUGGGGAAUUUAUUUAGGUUGUAAAUUUCAUCUUGCAGCUUCUGAAAAAAUUGCUGUUAUUUYCUCUGGUUUCAGAAUAAAGUAAUUUGAAAUA